GCAGUGUGCGUUGGCCAACGCUGUGCGCCUGCUGUUCUGCGGACAAAAUUUGAGCAGAUCCGCUCACAAAAAAACGUACUUAACUGCGAAAUAGUGCUGGUCGUGUAGGUUCCACGUUCCAACCGACUGCAGUGCUUUGGCUCCAUGGCACCACGGCUAAAUGGCCAAAUGGCUCCACUGCUCCGGUGGCUCCAACUGCGGUGGUGCCCAUUCCAGUUGGAAAUUGCAUGCGAGCACAUGGGAAAAGUCCCCAACUGGUAUUUCGAGCAGGCGCACAGCUUUCCCAACUGCUCACUCUCCCAAAGAGUUCCGUCUCUGUCUCGUUCGCACCGAUAAGGAGCCUUUCGAGAUAAGCAGCUGGAAAGGGACGGACUGAUGGUAGCGGCAAAGCGCAGUGUGCAACGACAGAAAGGGAUGCCCAAUGAUGGUCUAAUCGGAGGGGGAAUCGCUGAUCGCUGAUAGUACUGGAAUCUGUUCUCGAACCAGCAAACCAGUUGUGCGUCUUAUACAUACGCCGUAGGAGAGACUGAGACUCACAUCAGCUGCUCGGCGGCUUGAACGCCUACAGACAUACAUACAUACGUACAUACAUAUAUAGGGAGAGAUUUAGAGCGCGGAUUAUAAUGCUAAACAGGUUCAUUGGUUUAUCGGCUGCGAUCGUGGGUCGGAGCAGUCGGAUCAGCGGCUUUCCGUUCUCGCCGCUCCUUAAAGCUGGAAAUCAAAGCCAGAAUCGCACCAUGUCCGCUGGCAAGGCUUUCAAGGUCCUGGUGACACAUCCCGAGGUUCCCCAGGAGGGCAUUGAUCUGCUGAAGGAGAACUGCGAGAUCGUCCAGGUGCAGAGUGUUCCCAUCAACCGGGCGGAGCUGCUGGAGAAAAUCCGUGGCGUGGAUGGCGUUCUCUGGGGUGGACACGAACCCCUCAAUGCCGAGGCCCUCGAUGCUGCCGGUCCCCAGCUGAAAUCCAUCUCCACCAUGUCGGCGGGAAUCGACUACGUCGAUGUGCCGGAGGUAAAGAGACGUAAGAUCCCGCUGGGACACACGCCCACCGUUCUCAACACCGCCGUGGCCGAUUUGGCAGUGGGUCUCCUGAUCGCCGCCAGUCGCCGUUUUCACGAGGGUCGCAAGACCAUCGACAAUGACAAGUGGGAAAACUACCAUCUUAACUGGCUGUUGGGCCAGGAUAUUCGUGAUUCCACCGUGGGAUUCUACGGCUUUGGAGGCAUUGGUCAGGCUAUUGCCAAGCGUUUGUCUGGAUUCGACAUUGACAAGGUGCUGUACACCACCCGUCGUCGUGUUCACAAGGAGAUCGAGGAGGAGUUCAAUGCCAAGAAAGUUGACUUCGAUACCCUUCUGGCCGAGAGUGACUUCGUAGUGAUCGCUUCUCCUUUGACGAAGGACACACAGGGCGUCUUUAAUGCCACCGCCUUCAACAAGAUGAAGCAGACUGCUGUGCUGGUUAACAUUGCCAGGGGCAAAAUCGUCAACCAGGAUGACCUCUACGAGGCUUUGAAAGCCAACCGAAUCUUUUCCGCCGGACUCGACGUCACGGAUCCGGAACCAUUGUCGCCCAAGGACAAGCUGCUGACGCUUGACAAUGUUGUUGUCCUGCCCCAUAUUGGAUCCGCCACGAAGCGCACCCGUGCCGACAUGUCCACCAUUGCUGCCCAUAAUGUGCUCCGCGGUUUGGCUGGGGAGCCCAUGUUGUCGCCCGCCUACUAGUAAAUUCAAAUGGGAAAUAUGGCUUUCUACCGCUAACCAGUUUGGAAUGUCCGCCAAACAAAGUGCGAAAGGCCGCCGAUGACCUUGGCAUGCCAGUAGAUGUGAAAAU